AUGUUGAAUUUAAAAUAUUGUAGGAAAGCAGUUUCUAGGGGUGUAUUUUAUCGUGGUUAUAAAGCAAAAACAAAUCGAUUUGGUUACAAAGAUGCAACAGUGUUAACAGAUGGUAGGGCUGUUGUAGUAUUAGAAGUAUACAUAAAUUGAAACACACGUGUCAACGUGUGUUUUGUGAAAUUGUAUAUUAUUUAAAUUUUCAAUAUUAACUAUAAGGCAAGAAGAAUACUAAAUUUCUUUAUGUAGUUAUAGCAUUAUCUAGUGUACAUAUUUUAAUAAAGAGAUUAUAGUAAAGAACUGUGCUUUCAGAAGUUUCGAGCUAUUCUUAAUAUUUUUGAAUAGUGAACUGCAUGUGCCUGACUGGAAAGUCUGACUGGAAAGUUUGAAAACUGUGCAACUGAGAUUUCGAAAAUUUAAUAGUAAAUAUAUAGAAACAAUCAAAAUAGCCAGAGGUGCCGGAAUAUAAUUGGGGGGGCAGAUAUUCAUAUAUUUGUGUUCACAGACUGUAAAAACAAUCGAUUUCAAAAGAAAUUAAUUGGGCAGAACACCAAUAUAUGAAUAUCUGCCCCCCCCAAUUCCGGCACCUCUGAAAAUAGCGUGCCCGAUAUCUUGGUUCUGCGAUACAAACUUUCCACACUGGGAGCUGUGCCAUGCAGUGUGCAUGCAGUGCCAAUAAUAAGAUAUAGCUUCGGAUUGGUAGGGAUACAGCUACCAGAAAAAUACAAGGAGAACAUCAACUUCCUGACAGAGAGCCUUUGCUCGAAACAUUGAAGUUCUCUUCCUAUUUUUCAGGUAGUUGUAUCCCUAACAAUCUAAAGCUAUUCUAUAAUUUCUAAACAUUAAAGACCAUGUAAAGUCUGUUCUGCGCGCAGGCUUACAUUCCAAUGGUCGGGACCCGACAGUUGGAAUGUUAUUAAUAUUUCGUAUCUUUUGAACUUUCUUGAAUUGAAUCUCUAGUCUGUAUUUAUUUACAAGCAUAGCGAACCAGAAGAGUGUUAAAAAUUCAGUAUGAUAUAUAUCUAAUCAUAUUUUACAACUGUAGCACUGAGUUCAAAAUGUAAACAAAGCGUUUGUUUACAUUACGGACUUUACAGGUCUUUAACCCAUUGCAUGAGCAGCAGGGCCCUUGACAAGUAAAAUCGUCUGGCAUUAGACAAAGUAAAAUAAUAAAGUAGGGUGCAUUGGGACACAACUUAUUUGUCAAGGAGAGACUCGAUGGGUUAAUACUGAUUGAUUAGGUAAUUCAAACCUCUUAAGUAUUAUUUUUUUACUUUUGUCAUUAGAUGCAAAAUUUUAAGUGAUAGUAAAUUUUUAUAGAUGUGACCCCAGAAGUUGAUAAAGAAAGUUCUUCAGACAAGUAUAAUGUUGUUCAACUGGUUUCCAAGUACCGAGACUAUGGUCACAAGAAAGCAUUCAUAGACCCACUAAAGCAACUUCCACAGUAAUUUUUAAAUAUUAAAUAUCAAUUCUUAAGAAGAUUACAUAUCCAGGGUUUUUUUCAGGAAUUUUUUAGGGCUGUUAAACGGCCCCAAAAACUCAAUCUUGAAUUGAGUUUUGAAACUCAAUCUUUUCACAAAAGUUUCAGUGCAGUAAAAAUGAAGUUGUUUGAGUUAUAAAAUUUUGUGACGUGUGGAAAUUAGUUUUCAGUUGGAAGCCCGACAAUUAAGAAAAAUGGCUGGAAUUCAUCUAUUUUGUAGUUAAAUAGUGAUUAACUCUAAAAUACGCGUUUCUUAUUGGAUGACAUAUUUCCACUAACUAUAGUUAACUUUAAAUUAAAUUAAUCACUUUUUUAUACAACCAACCCCUAUAGGCUAAGUACAGACAUUACAUUUUGAGGCUCUUUGUCUUGUCAUAGUUUUAUGAACCAUCACUCCUUUAAUUUCUCUGCUUAGAAAAACUGAAGUAGCAAAAGCUAUUACCAUAUUUUUUUAUGAAAUGCAAGGUCAGAUAGGCGUGGUGAUUGAAGGAUGCACGCCUUGAAAAAUUGGCACCAUCGCUAUCAGAUGAGACUAUACUUCUCCAUUCUAUUUUAGAUUUUCAGAAGAACUUGACAAUGAUAUAUCUUUGCACAAUAUUGCUGAAAAUAUGGAACAAAUUAAUUUAUCAGGUUAUAUAUAGUAAAUAAGUGAUUUCAUAUCAUGUUGUAGAUCUUAGGCAUUGGAUGUGUUCAAUUUAUUCACAUUAUUAGUAUAAGUAUUUAUACAUGCAAUGUUAUUAGUAUCAGUAUUUAUAUAUUGAAUUUCAGUAUUUAUAUAUUUAUUUAUAUAUUGCAUGUGAAUUAAUUCCAGGAGUUCUUAAUGUGUCUAGUCAAGAAACAGCGAGUCUGUCAGAAAUUAUUGAAUGUCUUGAAAAAACCUACUGCGGUCAUCUCUCUGUUGAACUGAAUCAUAUAUCUGUAAGUUUGAAUGACUGGAAUUGACAAAGACAGAUCAAUUUGGCACACCCCAUGAUGUGAUACAAAUCUUAUGAGACAUGUGUGAAAUUUAUGUGAAAAACAUGUCUGCAAUAUGUGUGCAUGCAUGUGAAAUGCAUGUAAAGUUACCUGAAAAACAUCUGUGACAUAUGUGUAAGAUACAUUCAGGGUUGUCCCGAGCGGUAUCUGGUUGGGGGGGGGGGGGGUGAAUUCAAAAAUUUGUGCCUUCUUCCUUUGGGGUCCCCUCAAAAGAAUUUUUUCUGGAAAGCAAACUUUUCCGGAAAAUGGGGGUGAAAUUUCCGAAAACACAGCUUCCCAAAAAAUUUUCCAAACCCUAGUUUCAGAUAAUGAGGGCUUAAAAAUACUUUUUCAGACCUUUUUCGACCUCAAUUUUUCAGAAAAUUCCUUAACAUUUAACACGUUCUGCAAUUCCAGCAUUCCGGGGUCUCCUUUGGGCAAGUUGGGCCCUGUUUUUUACUUUUCUUUGGGGGUGUAUUUCCGGCCCUGGAUACAUUUGAAAUACAUGAUUGUGAAAUAUAUGUGAAAAACAUAUAAAAUACAUGUGAAACAUGGGUGAAAUUAAUGUUAAAUGCAUGUGAAUCACAUGUGGAAUAUGUGUCAAAAAAAUUUAUUUCUAAACUUACUAAUUUUUAUUUCAGAAUGAGCAAGAGAAAUUGUGGAUUGCGAGAAAAGUCGAAGAGAGCACUCAAUUUUCGUUCAGUGCAGAAGAAAAGAAACACUUUGCAACAUUACUUAUGAAAGCAAAGGUUAUUUAUUUGAUACUAUUCAAUACUCGUCAAUUUCUACUUAGUCUUUAAAAUAAAGUGCAUAAAAAAACAGGUUUUUUCAAAACUAUAUUCACACUACGAGUUAGAACAGUCAAGAAGCACCAGGGACGCCGGAACUGGGGGGGCAGGGGGGGCAGAAGUGCCCUUUUAGUUGUAAAAUAAUACGUGAUAAAUCACAUUUCCAACGAUGCUUUUUGUAGGAAAAUCACGAGAUUCAGGUAAUUUAUAGUUUAUAUUUAUAAAAAUUUUGGGAAAUUUUUUGAAUUUAGAAAAAUAUUUUGAAGAAAUGGCGAAAAUUUAACAUAUCCGGAAAAAUUUUUGGCUUCACGGAAAAUUUUUGUAUGUCCGGAAAAAUUUUUGACCCCUAAAAUGGUACACUGACCGAAAUUUUUUUGGCGACGGGGGGGAAGGUCGCCAAAAAAUUUUGCAGUGAAAAAAAAUUUUUCAGUAAAGGUGCCCUUGGUGUGCGUCCGCCCCCCUUUGCCCUAUUAUCGUUCCGGCGUCCCUGAGAAGCACAAUGGAUGAUUCCUGCUAUAGACUAAAUUUUGAUCUAGGCAAGAAGAAAAAAAUCCAUCACCUGCACAGCUAGCCGGAAAGUGCAUGUUAAAAUUAGUAAUUUGCGAUUGCAAAGUUUGGCUGCGAAAUGUUGUAAAAUGCGGAAAAUAUAGCCCUGCGAAAUUUGCAAAUUUUGUAUUAGUUUGUAUUACGCACGGGAAUUUGCACCACUUUCGGCCCAAAUGUGGUGUAUUUUCUCGCGCGUAAUACAAAUUAAUUCAAAUUAAUACAAAAUUUGCAAAUUUCGCUGGGCUAUAUUUUCCGCAUUUUACAACAUUUCGCGGCCAAACUUUGCAAUUUUACUAAUCUUAACAUGCUCUUUCUAGCUGUGGUGAUGGAUUUUGUUCUUCUUACCUAAAUCAAAAUUUAGUCUAUCGCUGCAGGAAUUGCCUAUAGUAAUAAUUAUGUUUCAUAUGCCAAGGCGUGUCAAACUUACAGAUAUACUAGCUAAGUUACGGUAUUGAUCGAAUACCGGGGGCUUGGAAAACAAAGAAGUACUAGACCCUGUAAUAGUUGGCGUGCCUACGGUACGUAAAUACGCGAAUUAUCGCACUACUAGUAGUUGCACAACAUUCUUUCUGAAUGCGUCCCGGUUAUAGACUGGAACGUAAGUGGAACACGAUUUGAAUGCGUUCCAGACGGCUUUUCGGAUAUUUUCAACAUUAGUCAUUAGUUUACACAUUCAACCCAUACAAAAUUUAAGAACGACUAUCAAUCACUUGCUGGAAUGCAACUCCACAAUAGCUAUAACCUAAGACGUUCUUUCUUAGACGUUCGAUGACUUCUUGGCAAAGAAAUUUCCGACGUUUAAACGUUAUUGUGGAGCUGGCGCUGAAAGUGCUCUGCCAUUUGUGGAAGAACUGUUUUCACAGGCGUCUGCUGGUAAUUAAUCUUUACUCUUUAGCGUUGGUAAUUGUUACUAAUUCACAUAUAGUAAACUUUCGAAACAAUAUUUUUUGUGUGUGUUGGUGUUAUGUACUCAGGUGAAUAUGAUGUUUGUGAUGUUACUCUGAGUGUGCAUCCACACCGGGCAAGCUGAAAAGUAUAUACCUGUCCAUGGUGAAAUACAUUGAUAUCGAAGGAACUAGACUCAGAUCCGAAAUAUCACCAACUCGAACCGACUUGACCUCAUAUAGCUCAAUUGGUAGAGCAUUGGACUAGUAUCCCAUCCCAAAGGUUGCGGGUUUGAUUCCCACCGUGGCCAGGUAAACUUUUCAGCUUGCCCGGUAUGGAUGCUCAAUCAGAGUAACAUCACAAACAUUUCGAAACAAUGUUUUUGCUUUGCCCUUGGCUUUAAUCUCCGCGCCUGUGGCUAAAGCUAGACGUUUCCCCUUACUUUAUCCAGAAUAUGGAAUUGAAGAUGUUGUCGUUGGCAUGGCCCACAGAGGAAAAUUGGAAUUACUAACUUGUAUACUUGGCUUUCCUCCGGCUAAAAUAUUUGGUAAA